UUGUUUAUUAUGUUUCACAAUAAAAAUAAAAAUACAUUUUGUAAAUAUUGAAAAAACAUGUAAAUUAUUUUUAAUAUAAAUAAUUCAAAUUAUCGAAGAAAUUAAUAUGGCUACUCAGGAAAAAUUACAAAAAUCUCUUGAUGCCCUAAAGAAUUUAUACAAAUCAAAUCCUAAUUCUGCAGAAAUUUCAAAUUUCAGGAAAAAAGAGAAAAUACAAUACUGUUAUACAAUAACAGAAGCUAUAUCAAAUCCAGCUAUAAGAGUAUCUACAAAUUUCAAUAGUUUAUUGGGAGCUACCAUAGAAGUUUUUUUACUACUUUGUGAUGAUGAAGAUGCUGAUAUUAGAAUGACAAGCGAAGAAUGCCUUAAUAGAGUUAUAAGAGCUUCUAAUGGAUAUGUAGGAAAAAUUCAAAUAGAACUUCACAAAGAAAUCAAAAAGAACGGCCCAGCACGAUCUUUAAGAAUUGCUUUGUGGCUAUUUUCUCUUUUGGCACACCGAAUAAGGCCCCAUAAGGGGAAGCCAUAUGUCGCUAACAUGUUUCCUAGCUUAAUAAAAAUCAUAGAAAGGAAUGAAGAGUCAGUGCAUGAGACUUUAGCCAAUAGUUUACCCAAAAUUAUGAAAGCUUUAGGUUGUUUUACAACUGAAAAUGAAAACAAGGUACUACUAAAAGCUUUUCUAGCAAAUGUUUCCAAUGAAUCUACAGUCAUCAGAAGAACUACAACAAACUGCAUACUCACUAUUUGUAUCAACUGCAAAAAUCCUUAUGUUUUUAUAAUAUAUUGUCUCAAUAAUCUACUAGAUAUUCUCAUUCCUGUCAAUUCAGAACACUCAACAUCCCAAAUUUUAGGGGUACUAUCUUGCAUUAAAUUGUUAAUCCCAAAUAUAUUUUCUUUUAAAACUGAAUCUAACUCGCACAAUAAAAAUAAUCUUCCAGAAAAAUUACUUCAAAUUUUUGAAUUAUGCUUACAUUAUUUAUCUCACAAAGAUCACAAUAUAAUAAAUAUAUGUUUAGAAACAUUAAAAGUACUUCUGGAAUGUCCAUCUGAGUGUUUUAGAAGCAGUUUGUUGAACGUUAAAGGAUUUGGAUCCCAUAGAAUAUACUCUAUGGAAAAAUCUCGGAAUUUAAGCAAUAGAUCUCCAAGUCAACUCAGUGUCGCUACCACAGUAAACACUGACGACAACUUAUUUUCUGACUCAGAAUUAACGGAAACGUUACAUUCUGAUAUAGAAAAGUGGAUCGAUGAUUCAAAAUUGUCUGUGAUGAACUUAGGCUUUGCCAAAACCAAAGAAAAAUCUCAUUCGCUCGACAAAAUCAACCGAUUGGGUCCGGAAAGCCUAAAAAACCUUGGUAUUCAUUUUGGAGAUGUGAAUAAAUUGAACCGGGAUAAUUUUAUAACCAAAACAAAGUCUCAUAGUAUUGAAAAUACGUUAGAUAUAUUGGGGUAUAGUGAAAAUUCUUCUGAAAAAAGUUUUAAUGGCGAAGAAGAAAAAAUGUUGAAUGUUGAAGAAUUAAUUCAGGAAAUAGACGUAGGAAAUCUAUUAGAUGCAACAACCCCACUUAAAUAUUGUAUACGUCUAAUAACCAAACUUUUUUUACUGAACGGUGUACCUGGUAACUAUAUUUCAGACAAACAAAUACGAGUAUCUGUAAAGUUUUUAGCCCUUUCUUGUUUGUCAACCCUCUUUGAAUUAUACCCCCAAGGUAUUUUUAUGCAUUUAGACAGAAACUAUAAUCCGAAUUCGAAAAAAAUUAGUAGCCAAAGAAUUUCUGAUAUUUUAUUGUUCCAAAACCAUCCCGAUCCUCAGUUACGAGGAGCGAUCAGAAAUUUGUUGGGUAAUUUUUUGAAAAUCGUUUCUAAUCUUUGCGAAGAAUCUUAUGACGAUUGGGUGGAAAAAAGUUGUGAUGGAGAAGAUGGGAAUUUUAUAAAAAUUCAGAGCAUAGUUAAUAUUUUCGUAGAGGGAUUAAAGGAUGCAUCUGCUACUUGUAUAAGACAAACUUUGAUAUCUUUGAGAACUACUUUGAAAUAUUUAUUAGAAUCCCACAGAAGUGUUUCUGUCAUACCUUUGUUAAAUAUUUUACCUGAGCUUUCAGAAAACCCCUAUUGGCUUGUUAAGGUUUCUUUGUGUGAAUUGGUAUCAAAAAUAAAUUAUAUCAGUACUUAUUAUGUCACAGAAAAUAAUGAUUUUCAAGAAAAAGUGUUGUAUAAUAUACUAUUUAAUCUUUUGAGUGAUAGUGACCAAAGAGUAAGAACAUCGGCGGCUUCUGGGAUCAUGAUAAUAAUUCCUCAUCUAUUUUAUGUGGAACAUCUGAACGAAGAUACGCCUAUUUCUAAAGCAAUUACAGACGAGAAAAACCUUAUGGAAAGCCUUAAAUACACCGAGUUAGAUACGAAUAUCAAUAAGAAACACUUUGUCAAGCAAAUGCCUUUCCCUUUUAAUAAACUAUCUGAAGAAGCUUCGGAUAAAGUAGAUUUCUCGUUGUCGAAAAUAAUUUUUAAGUUGUCCAACAUUCUUUUGACCACAACAUCAAAAAAUGUAUUGAGUGGUUGCAUAGAAACGUUAUCUUUACUAGCAAAUAACUAUCCUUGUACAGUUUAUAAGAAUAGUUGGUCCACAACAGAUUUUCAAAUAUGCGAGGAGUUAAAAAUACCGGAUUUGUUGAAAUUUUGCCUUAGUUUACUUACAAAUUCGGUACAAGUUUACGGACUACAAACGCAUAUGGACAUUGUAUGUCUAGCAACUAAUUUAUAUGCAGGUCAUUCUUUAACAUUACUAAAACCGAUAGAUUUAGAAGCUACUAAUUCUCCUUGGAGCAUGUUUAGUAAUAAUAUGUUUGCUGAAAUUUCAGAAGAAUUUUUAAACCACACCAUCAAACUUUUGUGUAUAUUUCACCACAUAUUAAACGAUUUAACACCUGUGCACCCACAAGCUAAACCGGUACUUCCUAAUUUACCAAAUACAGCGAAUUUGUCGCCAUUAAAACGACGGAAAAGCGAUUUAGAUAAAAAAUCGUUGUCUCUGAAGCUUGAAAAAGCUGAACAAAACGAGAAAAAAGGCAUUAAAAUAAAUUAUUUAGGGAUAUUCGUGCAAUCUGGUCACUAUAUGAAGAUAUUUGAAACAGUUAAAGCAUCUUUUGUUAACUAUAAGACAUCUUUGGACUCUGCAUCGUCAAAAACGUUUCUGGAAUUCUUGAAUUUGAGUUUGAAAUCAUUGUCGAUAAUAUUGGAAGUUGGAUCUCUGACUGAAUUUGGCAAGUUGGCCGAAGAAAUUUUGGGCUAUUUCAGAUCAACUUUCGCUGUUGAUGCUCCCGCUACAGUUGAAUGCGUGCAACAAUUACUAAAGUGUCUGUUUGGUACUAAUUUAACUGCCAAUAUCAAUGAGUUUUCAUCGCCAAAACAGACUCAGAAGAGUUGGGAUAAUGGGUUUUAUCAAAAUGUUUUCCAAAAACCGAUGGGUCAAGUAUCGUGGUUUCUCCAGUGUUUAAAUAAUAUUGGUAGGCAUGAUUUUGAAGACGACAGUACGGUAAUGGGAUACUUACAUCGUAAAGAUGCUAAACGAAGAUCUAUCAUUUUGACAAGAACAUCUGAUAAGACUUUGGCUAACUAUAUAAGAAUAUUUGAACCAAUGGUCAUUAAAUCCUUAAAACAAUAUACCAUAACUAGUAACGUCGAGCUGCAGUGCCAGGUUUUGCAACUUUUAAGCCAACUGGUACAACUUAGAGUAAACUAUUGUCUUCUGGACUCUGAACAGGUGUUCAUAGGUUUUGUUUUGAAGCAAUUUGAGUUCAUAGAAGAGGGUCAAAUACUGUCAGUGAAAAAUUUGAUACCGAAGAUAUUCCAAUUUUUGGUGCAACUUUCGUAUAGCAAGCAGCAUUCUAAAUCCAUAAUAGGUGUUCCAAAAAUUAUCCAAUUAUGUGAUGGUCUGAUGGCAAGUGGCCAACCUGCCGCAACACAUUGUAUACCGGCUCUAGAGCCCAUAGUAGAAGAUAUUUUUCUUACUCGAAAUAAGUCGAAUACUCCGGAUUUUAAAGAAUUGGAAACUACCAGAGAAGUGGUUUUGAGUAUGCUACUAAGACUUUGUGAUAACAAACAAGUUCUGGAUCUCAUUACUCUUAUAUUAGAAGACAGUAAAUACUGCACCCAUAACACGGAAAAAUGGCACGAAUGGUCGAAAAGAGUAUUCCAAGUUGUUUUGCCGAUGUUUAAACAAAAUAAAUUGAUGAUUGAUGAUUCGGAAGCUUUGGUGGCAAUGAGGAGGUUUAUUUUAGCAAUGAAUCCUGAAGUCUUCAAACCUUUUGAUGAAAUAAUUGUAAUGUUUUUUCAAGAGCUUCCUUCAGUUGAUGCAGAUUCAUCUACGUUCCACAAUUGGUUUUCCAAAAUCCUUAUUUUACUUCUACUUAUUACGCCUCUGAAAGAAGAAUCCCUUUUGGCGAAGAUCAAUCGUCUGAAAUCGGAAUUUUCACCGGGAAGCAUAUUCACGAACGUCAAAACCAAAGCAGAUCCUUUAAAUGUCAAUAACAAUGCAGAUACUUUUCAAAAUAUCUCGGCCGAAUUGAUUUUCAUUCGAUUUUUAUUCAGAGUUCUACAUCUGGGAUCGAAUAGGUGCUUAAUGGAGAUUAAAUAUAUGAAGAGUGGGUUCAGUGUAGAGCAGCUGUUUGGCUUUUUGGUGCAUUGCAUAUACGUUUUUCAAUCGGGGAGUCAUACGAACAUUUCAAAAGCGGCAGUAACAGCUUUAAGUAUAAACAUUCCAGUAGACGAAAAUGACGACAUGGAAUUAAAAAAUAUUAACGAAAAUUUCUUGAAAUUGGCUACGUUUCAUCCUGUUUUGAGUUCUCAAUGGUGCAACUUUUUGACUUUACUUAAUUACAACGAUCGGAGUUUUUGGGAAAUCGCUUUUCAAAAUGACCAAGAACUGAAAUGUGGAAAGUUUAGAAAUCCUGUUAUUAAUUUGGAAGUUUUGAAAAUUGGAAGCAGCAUUGCUUUCUGCGAUUUUUUGAGUGAAAAUAUGCCACCUAUCGAAACUCUUAGUUGGUUUUUGGACACCAAUGCAAAACUUUUAAUAGAUCUUCAUAACGAACCUCCUGUAUCAGAAUUUCUUACAUUUGUUCACCGCUCAUCAGAAUUAAGUCAAAAGUUUAUCGAAAAUGUUUCGGAUGUUAUUAAAAAUACACGCUCUUCCGUUUACAAAUUAAAAGCUCUACAGUGCAUAGAAAACUGUCAUCAAAGUCAAAUAGGUACUGUUCUAAAUUUGCUAUUACCCGAUAUGCUGAAAUUCCAUCAAUCAGCUGUGUCUAGAAAAGCUGGUAACCUAGCGAGCAGAAAAAUCGAAAUACUAUUGACUCUGACAAUGGAAGAAGUUCAUAAUCAACUGUCUAAAGAAAAUUUAUGUCAGAUACAAAAGGAUUUGGUUGAUUUAAAUAUAGUUAACAAAAAUGAAACCGUAGUUAGUCUUCUUAACAAACUCUCUGUACAGUACUACGAUUUAAGUCCGAUAGAAUUCGAACAGCGUCGCAUCGUCAAACCGGAAUAUAUUCAAAAAUUGAAGGUCGACAAAAAAUGGUACUUAUCUCAAAUACAAACCAAAUACAACGACUCGAGCAUAGGCAGAUUUAUGGCCGAACUCUUAAACAAAAUCGAAUACAAUGAAAUACUCAGCUUUAUGUCGAGCAGCGGAUUCAACAAGAACAUUUUGAGAGAUUGUUUGAGGCUGGGUCUGGUGAAUCUGAAUAAAUUAAGAGCUAACGAAGGGUGCGAUCUUCUUAGAGCUAGUAUUGACUGUCUACUUAAAGAUGUAUCGAGUAUCGUUUUUAAAAUAUAUGAACCUCAUCAGGUUUUCUCUCCGUUUGAAAGACAACACACCACUCCUGAGUACCUGUACACUAAACAUAUGAUAGAACUGUUUGAUAACGAAGAAAUUUCGACUCUUUUGUGCAGCAUAGCUAAAUGCAUACCUCUGUUUUCUGAAAAUAUCCUCCAAGAUCAAUAUUAUAAAAUUUCCGAUGCCAACUUGGAGGGUUUGAUCAAAUUUAGCGUUCUGUGUUUAGAGUAUGUUCACUACUUGGAGUCGCAGAACAGGGACUUCAGAGUACACUUGACGGAUAUAUGUUUGACAGCUAGCGAUUGCAUUUUACGAAACAUAAUUAAUUGUUACUUCUUAGGUUUAGAUUUCAACGUGACUUGGUUGUGCUCCAGUAUAAAUAGUCUUUACAGUCUUGUAAAUACGUUAUUAAGAAGUGAUAAACCGUUAGCGGCCGUACCAAAAUAUAAUUUAAAAGACGAUUCUAGUCCAGUUCAGGCCACGCACCAGUUGUACAUAUUGACUUGUUGGCUGUUCGAAUUAAAAUCUGUAAAUUCCACAAAAAUCCCCGAUUUUCUAUUCAACAGGAUAAAAAGUUUGACGAUUUGUUUAGCGCGCAUGCCGCUCGUUAAUUCUUACGCCUUGAUUCCCUACCGGGCCUGGAAAACGGGAUGGCAACCGGACAAAAUGGAGGGAGAAUUCGGAACCGUUGUGGCAGCUCUUCCAAUCGAUAUGUUACAGGAUAUUGAAGUACUACAUGAAUAUAUCUACAGAAUAAAUCUACUCGGUUGGACGUCAAGACAACAAUUCGAAGAGACGUGGAUGUGCCUAUUAAGCGUACUGUGCGCUCCGACUGAUAAUUUAGAACCCUUGGAACUAAAUGACGUUUUGUAUGCAUCUAGUUUGGCAAUGAAAUCAAUCACCACCCUGUUACUGGAAACUUUGACGGAUCCAGUAGUUGGAGAUCCAAAUAUAUCGAAAUUAAUGCAUAUUUCUAGAAAUUCGCCGAUCGACGACAGCUCUGUAGGUGUACAAAAAUUAAAAAAGAUCCAAAACAGCUUACAAAAAAGCUACCAAAACUCUUCACACAAUACCGACGACUAUAAAAUUAACAACGUGUUUGAGCUUCGUAAUUUUGAAAAGUCUUCAGACAAUUACUCUUGCGGACAAAUGUCGGUAAAAUAUAUGCUCAUAGCAACGAAUUCCAUGGAGGAAAUGCAAGAAAAUAUGUCGGUAGUGGAAGUUUUUAGGCACAGAACAAAGCGAUUGGAAGCCAUGGGUUUAGAUGUGAAUUCUUGUUUGCAAUUUUUAAUCGACUAUUAUACUCAACUCAUGAGACCGCAAUCAAGUACCCCUAUAAGAGUUCUUCACGAAGCUGUUAGAUCUAUUACUAUGAUUUCUGACCUUUUCACUGAUAAAACGCAAUUUAGUUGGAUGCUGGAAGUAUUUCUGGAAAUGUCAAAAUUGCAUUUUUCAGAAAACGAAUUUUUACAUCAGUAUUUAAUUAUAGGGAUUUGCAAAGCUGUGGCUGUUUUGUCUCCGGAUUUGGAAACGUACGAACAACUGAAGAAAACGUUGGUUCAGUACCUGAAAAGUCCUUAUUUGACGUCCAGGAUAGCUUCUUUGUAUGGCGUGUUAUACAUUUUGGAGGGCUGUAAACUUACGAAUGUCAAAGUGGGAGGCAUAUCUGAAGAAAUGCAACUAAUUCUUCCAUGUGCUGUAGAAUAUGUUCAGUUCAAUUUAAGUCCAUCCAAUAACGUUUUGAAAAAAUCUCAGGAGCACACUAGCUUAGUAUGGUCUCUGGCCUUUUAUUUAGUUGAAAACAUAGACGAAAUCCAUAUGGAGCAGAACUUUGUAUCCAACGUUUUAUCAACCGCUUUUUCUAAUCUUAAAUUAAGAAACCCUACUUGGUUUCACCUAUUACUAAUGAAGGGUUUAGAACGGCUGCUAAUAGUGAAAAAGACCAUUUUGAUAGAAACUUUUGGUAAACAAUUUUUGAAAUUAGCUUUAGAAAAAAUGAAAAGUGACAAUCCAACCGUGGCCAUUUUAGGAACGCAGAUGCUUUUAAGUUAUUUGUAUACAGAUUGUGCCGGUCACCUACAAAGUGUCCAAACUUUAAACAUUCCAACUAGUCCCGACCAUUUAGUUCAAACGAUAGAAACUCUAUCGGCCAUUUUUGAGAGAAUAAAAAAGGGCUAUGUAUACGAGGUAGAAAUAUUGUGUGCAGUAUUGCCGAAUGUGCUCGACGACUUUUUUUCACCCGCCGACAUUUUGACCAAAGUGAUAGGAGAAUUUUUGUCCUCCCAGCAGCCGCAUCCGAAAUUAUUGAGCAAAGUUGUGUUUCAGGUUUUCCAAAGUGCAAUCCAACGAAAUCAGUGGUCGCUUCUGCAAGAUUGGGUGGUGUUCAGCCUAUCAAACUUCACCCAAUCAUUUUCAAUCGGCAUGGCAACGUGGUGCUUGACAUGUUUUUUCCUGAGCGCUAGCACUAACGAUUGGUUGCGUUCGUACUUCCCCUACAUCCAAACCAGAGUAGGUCGUUACGAAUACGAAGACAAGAAAAUGUUAUGCAUCGCAGGUGCGGAUUUCUACAACAACUUGACGAACGACAAGCAACGUCAAACGUUUGUAGAUAACUUCACCAAGGUUAAGGACCAACCGGAUACUCCCUUUAACGAUUUAUUGUUGU